AUGGCCGCCAUUCCCAUGGUGGCCGUUGCCACUGCGCCCGUCAAGACGGGCCCGGCGUCGUCUUCGACCGAAUGUCUUAUUCCCCACCGCCUAGGCAGCCGGUGGACAACGAGUUGGACCGACCCAGCCGGCUUUGAAGCUCGCGACGACAAGGAGAGCGUGAGCGUUCGUAUGUGGGGGCGUGGAAAGAAACCCAAGACAAACCCGAAGGCUGCGCUCGACAACUCGAGCGAUGAGGACAACCGCCGUUGGACCUCGCCAGCAACCGCUCCGCUCUCAGAGAGGCGUCACUCUUUCGGCGAUACCCAAUCGCCGCCAAAGAAGAAACGAUACAGCUUCAUGCCGGCGCGGCUCGCCCCGGCCCCACCACCCGAGGCGCCUGGUGCCGAGAGUGCCGAGGCUGCACACGCUUCCGCCCUCGCCAAACUCACUGGCUCACCCAGCACCGUGGCGGCAAGCCAUGGCGAAACCAAGAAACGCCGCUUCAGCCUCAAGAGCCUUCCUGCCCGCCCACCGACUCCUGAGCCGCUCCCGCCCCCACCUCUGCUUAGCCUCAAGGACGUCAAGGGCGGCAUGUCAUUUGCGUCCGACAGCGGCAAGCGCGGCUGGGGUGAGUACGAUGAGUUUGGCGCCGUAAACCACACCAAGCCCAAUACCCAAGACGGAGACGGAGACGUGACACCGCCAAAGGCCAACCCGUUCGAUGGCGGCUUCACUCCCGUCUCCCCAAACCUCGGGGAGGAACGUCGUGCCAAGCGUCUCAGCCGACACGCGACGGGCGAGCGUACUCUGCCUCCGCGACUCCCCGCACCGGCCGAUAUGAUCGCGGCAAACCCCGGCCUUGGCCUUGCAAACGAUCAGCGUGUUGCAAACCCCGGCCUUGCAAACGAUCAGCGUGUUGCGCGACAUCGCUCCGCCCCCGUCGGACGGCCCGUUACGCGCACCCUGCGCCGCAAACCGCCGCCCAAGGCCGACGAGGAGCUUCUCCAGAAUGAGAGCGGGCACGGUACGCAGACGACACCACCUAGUGCACCCGCUACCGUGGCUCGUGCCUCGAGUACAGCAGCGCCGGCGAGUAGGGGUGCCGCGUCUACUGCAAUUCCGAAUGCAGUAGCUGUCCACGCUUCGACAAAUGGCCCAGCUGUCCCGGCUGUCGCUGUUGCUGGUGCCGCUGCGGCUGCUACCUUUGGUGCUGCAGCGUUCGCAAUCAAGCCGGCUGCGAACACGAACACGAACACUCCACCAGCUGCCGUGGGAGCUGCCGCUUUCCGCAGCGAGCCUGUGCCAGCUCCUCCUGGGGCAGUGGACACGCCUCGCGACGUCGAUGCAGUCAGUACAUCUCCAGAGGCUCCGGCAGCUACUCUGACAGCUACGCCGGUAUCGGCGACCAGUGCAGCUCCAGAGGCUCCGGUAGCUACUCUGACCGCUACGCAGAUAUCGGCUACCGUGACACCUCGUGACGCCUCUCUCACUGCCGAGUCCAUCCCAGUCGCCGUCGCCGCCGCACCUGCUGCCCUGCCAACGCCCGAGGCCCAGCACGAGUCCGUCGCGGCCCAUACUGAGCGCGUCAUCUCUCCCGAGUCUCCGACACCGCAGUCCGCAGCCACUCAAGCCGGCUCGACGCAGGCUCACGUACGCCAGAGCUCAGUCUCCACUGCCGAGUCGAUGCACACUGCGCACUCGGACUCUUCCGCAGCCGUCACUGCCCCAACUUCGCCUAUCGACGCUACAUUCGCUCCCCCAUCGACUGGCCAUACUCCACAGCCUCCCACCUCCUCCGGGUGGCCAAUCUUCCCCGUCGUACCCGUGACCAGCAUGCCACCGCGCUCGACGCCAGCCUCGCCCACUCUUCCGACUGAAGAUGACGUCGCGACGCCGCGAGCACAAGCCGACACCCUGACCCCGCGCGCCAUCCCUCAUGCACUCGCAGUACAGGACAGUACACUUGUCCCACAACCCAGCACCGAGAUCGCCCCGGCGCCCACGACUGUGGCGGCCCAUAUGGCUCUCGCCUCAGCCGUCGAUACACCGCCGCGCAAGGUACUGGCGAUCAGCCCGCCUCGCCGCCGGCCCAUCCCCGCCGCGUGGCAGUCGCAGCAGUCCCUCCUAGUACCUGAGGAAGAACGGCCGAGCAGCACCACCCCGCCCGCCACAGCCGAGAGCGGCAUCUUCCCACAACACCGUGACGAGUUUGUCGACGCGCGCGGACCGGAAGGUUUCGCCGCGCCCACUGCUACCCAUGUCGCUGCUGUCCGAGUCGCUACUGUUGCUGCCGGAGUCGCUACUGUUGGAGCUGUCGCGGCCCAUUCCAAGACGAGCUCCAUGUCUUCAACUUCAACAGACCGCAUCAGGCCCAGUGACAUUGCCCAGAUCCCGCCAUUCUCGCCUCCGCGGAGGGCCGUCGCCCCCAUGCCAUCAGAGUACGCGUACGACCGGCCGGCAACGCACGCCCGCGCCGCCGAGAGCUUGCGUGCGCGCCACGGCCUGUCGCCCGAACCACCCGAGGAAGCGCGACACUUGCGCGUGAGCGCAUACGGUGUCCCCGAAUUGGACUUUACGCGCACGCCGCCGCCUGAACGUGAACACGACGAUGAACCAGCCGAGACGGAGGCGCAUGGCCGCAGCUCAAGCGAACGUGAGGUCCUCCAAACGCCUGCAUUGGGCGAGGCGGCAUUGAGCAUGAGCAGCCACUCGGGAUACGCCCAGUCGCAGUAUAUCCAGCCUCCGUGGCCGCGCUCGCGAGGCCAUUCACGCGCCAGCUCAACGUCCCGAUCUACCACGAGCGCCGCUAGUGCCGCUCCGCCAUCUGUAAGCGCGUUCACUGACCGCCUUCCCCGAUCUGGGCAUGAUGACGGGGAUGGAGAUGGCGUGGAGGGUCUCCUCUCGGCCCAACACACAGGCACGACCAAGGGCCGGGAGAGCGAUACGCCAACCGUCGAGAGCUCGCCCCGCGCCCCGAGCUGGAUCGACUACGCUCGUCCGCCCAAGGUCCUUGAACUCGAGGCCGCCGUCGCUGCAGCCGCUGCAGCCUCUACUAAACCCUUCCCGAACCCGGAUCAGCGGCUGUUCCAGCAGGACAAGGAGAUGGAGGUGGCGCGCGACCUCGACGCCAGCACGACGCGUGAGUCGCCUGACCGCGCGACUCGCGAGUCGCGCCGCCACGGCCUCGUCAGCAUGGACGGGCGCGCGACCAAUUCCAACGCCAACGGCCACGGUAGUGGCAGAGAACCCUCUCUCUCGCUGCAGCCCGUGUUCCAUGCGCCGCCGCCACCGCUGCACUCACCGAGUGCGCCUGUCCCGCCACCAAAGGACCACUUCGGGACGUAUCCCUCCGGCCACACGUACGCCACGGGAGGACCCUCGGUGGACGCCGCAUCUCACCACGACUCAGUUGGACGCUCGCCAAGGCCCCAAACGGCCGACACACCAGACACGGCGCCCCGGCCGUUCGGUUCUCUUGGCCGCUCGUCGCGGCCCAACACUAGUGGCGGCAUUGCCUCAUCACACCCCUUCAACUCGCUCCGUUCCACCAUGCCGACCACUCAAGACCCAGUAGUGCAUUCAUCCCAAGCAGGAGCAGGAACAGACGCCGCUCGCACAACGUCAACUGACCGCGUGACGCCGCCGACCCAUCGCGCCACGUCACCCUUCAACGCAGCGCAAUGGGCCAAGCUACAGCCCAUCAACUCGGCACACGCAUCCGCCCUCUCGCGCCUCGAGGGCACGUCGGCCGAGACCUACUCGCUCGCCCACGAGGCGCACCCGCAUCCCCCACCGCCAUUCCCCGGUCCGCGCGCCACCUCGCCCGAACCGCGCAAGCGCUUCUCAUUCCGAUCCACCGGCGGGAGCCUGCGGGAGAAAAAGAAGAAACGCUUCUCACUUCUCCCGGAAAGCAAGACUGCGCUCGACAUCUCGGCACCUGUGCCUGCGUCUGAAGUGCCUCUUGCAGCCGACGCGUGGCCCGCAGGUGGGGUGGGAAGCAGGCUGAGCGGUAUCGUCCAGACUCCACUGCCGCCGACACCGGCUGUAAGCUCCAUGUCUGUCGGAACACCUGCCAAACUCUCGGUCCACCCAGACACUUCGCGGCACCAUCACAACGCCCCAGAUAUCCCCGAACGGCCGACUAGCGCUGCGUCGCGGCGCUCCCGCCGCUGGAGCUUCAAGCCCAGCAAGAAGGCGCGUGGGCCUGAUGUCGACGCUCCCCCGGUCCCGGCGCUCCCGCCUGUCCUACCGCUUCCGAGCAGCUUUGAAGAAGCAAAAGACAUGAGCCUUUCGGAAUCGCCACUCAAGGCGGCGACGCAGCGGCCCAUUCCGGUGCAGCACCAGGUUGAAGUUGACGAGUCCAAGAGGAAGAAGGGAGGAAAGUUUAUGCGCACCCUGCGUGGGCUUUUCAAGCAUUAA